UGGAAUAAUGGAAUGACUGAUUGCUAACGAACCUGCCAAAAUGGCAGCAAUAUCAACCCCUGCCUUGAUGACGGCCACCGCUUCGAUUCUAUCUGCAUUGACACCAUCAACGUACCCUCGGGACAUGGAACCCCACGAUUCCUUCAAACCCUUUAAUCGUCGCCUCGUCCUCACUGCUCUCACCAUCUCCACCGCCGUCAUUUCUUCUGCUCCUGCCGUCCUUGCUCGUGGCCUCUUCCAAAUGCCCCCAUUCCGUCUCACAAAUCGUUACUUUUUGGUGAGAGCUGGGGAGUCAGAAUUUGAGAGCUUGGGCGUUAUAAACACAAAUCCAGUGGCCAAAACUUCAGUGGAUAGUGGAUUGUCAGAGAAAGGGAAGAAGCAAACAGUGAGGGCUGCUUUGGAGUUGAUGGCUAUGGGGGCUUGUGAUAGUGGCUGCUGGAUUUGGCCUUCAAUUACUCAGCGAGCAUAUCAGGCUGCAGAGAUCAUUGCGGCAGUUUGUGGCAUUACCCGGAGUUAUAUUGUACCAGAGUACAGUUUCCUGGAUGCUCGAGGAUUGGGAGCUUAUGAAGGAAAGAACUUGGAAGCCAUCUCAGAAGUUUAUGCAUCUGAUAAUGUUUCUCCACGAAACAAGCCCCCUCCUAUAGACGAUGGAACCCCAAAUGAGAGUGUUGCAGAUGUCUUUGUUCGUGUAACACAACUUAUGUCUAUUCUUGAGACCCAGUACUCAGAAGACACAGUUAUUAUUGUCUCACCAGAUUCUGACAAUUUAUCCAUUCUACAAGCUGGACUAAUUGGACUUGAUCUUCGAAGGCAUAGAGAUCUUUCCUUUGCCCCUGGAGAAUUUAGAUUUGUUGAUAUGAGUAGCAUACCUACAUACAAGCAGCCUGCAUCUGCUGUAUAUAAGUGUUUAAAUCCACCAACCUGUGACAAAUAAGUGCUUGACUUUAUACAAUGAAUGCAAAUGUGGAUUUCCAACUUUCCAUAUCGUUUUACUUGA